CCAAAAGUCUAAACCCCAGGCGGAGGCUACUAGUGGUAAUACUACUGCUGGUCUGACCAAUCGCAGCACGAGAGCUGCGCGGGUGUCCGAAGCGGAUCGCCGGAGAGAUCCAGCCUCCGCCGAUCCCAUGGCUCCCGCGGCGGCGCGGAUCCUCGUCCUCGUCCUCGCCGUCGCCACCUCCCUCGCGGGGCGCGCGGACGCCCUCCGGUCGCUCGGCGUCGGCGACGGGGCGGAGGCCGCCGCGCAGGGGGACUACGCCGUGGACCUCAACGCCACCAGCUUCGACGCCUUCCUCACGGCCUCGCGGGAGCAGUUCGCCGUCGUCGAGUUCUUCGCCCACUGGUGUCCAGCUUGCAGAAACUACAAGCCCCAUUAUGAGAAGGUUGCGAAACUUUUCAAUGGUCCAAAUGCUGCACAUCCUGGGAGAAUUCUGAUGGCUAGGGUUGAUUGUGCAUCAAAGGUGAAUGUAGAUCUUUGCAGUAGAUUUUCUGUUGACCAUUAUCCUUUCCUACUUUGGGGACCCCCACCAAAAUUUGCUAACACUAAGUGGGACCGGAAGCAAGAGAAAAGCGACAUAAAAUUGAUUGAUGAUGGAAGAACAGCAGAGCGUUUACUUAUGUGGAUAAAUAAGCAACUGGAAAGCUCGUUCACUUUGGAUGACAAAAAAUAUGAGAAUGAAAAUAUGCUUCCAAACAGUACUUCAGAUCCUAAACAGGUUGUUCAAGCAAUUUAUGAUGUUGAGGAAGCAACAGCUCAUGCGUUACAGAUAAUUUUGGAGCACAAGAUGAUCAAAGCAGACACUCGUGACUCUCUUAUAAGGUUUUUACAAAUUUUGGUGGCUCAUCAUCCAUCCAAGAGGUGUCGAAGAGGAUCUGCUGAGCUACUUAUUAACUUUGAUGAUCACUGGCCUUCAAACCUCUCUUUAAGCUCACAAGACAGUUCUAAAUUGUUGGAAAGUGUUGCAGCAGAUAACCACAAGAUCUGUGGAAAGGAGGUGCCUCGCGGUUACUGGAUUUUCUGCCGUGGAAGUAAAAGUGAAACAAGAGGAUUUAGCUGUGGUCUAUGGGUUUUGCUGCAUUCACUUACUGUCCAAAUUGGGGAUGGAGAAAGCCAAUCAACCUUUACAUCAAUAUGUGAUUUCAUACACAAUUUCUUCAUCUGUGAGGAAUGCCGCAAACACUUCUAUGAUAUGUGCUCAAGUGUGUCAGUUCCCUUCAAGUCAGCCCGUGAUCUCAGCCUCUGGCUAUGGAGCACGCAUAACAAAGUUAAUGAGAGGUUGAUGAAAGAAGAAAAGGAUAUGGGAACUGGCGAUCCAUCAUUUCCUAAGGCUAUCUGGCCUCCAAAGGCACUCUGCCCAUCUUGCUAUCGUUCUUCAAGCAGGACGAGUGAUGGAGCCUUGCAGGUUGACUGGAAUGAGGAUGAAGUAUUUCCAUUCUUGGUUAACUACUAUGGGAAGACGCUUGUAUCAUCCUAUAAAGAAACCUACAUGGAGUCUCUUCAAGGGAGGACGCAAGUAGGGGCGGCACUUGCUGACGAUGCCUCCUCCUCACAUGCUGCAAGAGUCCCAAUUGGAGCUGCCCUAGGUGUUGCAGCUGCCAGCUGUACAUUUGGGGCACUAGCUUGCUUCUGGAGAACCCAGCAGAAGAACAGAAAGUACUCGUACCGUUUACACUCUUUAAAGAAAAUAUGAUUAGACAAUUUUAGGCAAAGAAAGAACUGGAACUGAAAAACAGCCCACCGGUUGCUCACCGUGCACUUCAUCAGAGGUGGCCUCCGUGAAUGUAUAUUUCUUGGAUGGGUUAAAAAUCUUGGUAAGUAGCUCACAGAGAGUGCACAAAAUCCAAUGUUGGAGCUGUCAUUUACAGAAGUAUGAUGACCUAACUUGCACCUUGUUAUAGGGCUCAAAAUGUAGUUCUGUUUUUACCAUAUACUCCCUCCGUUCCUAAAUACUUGUCUUUCUAGGCAUUUCAACAAGUGACUACAUACGGAGUAAAAUGAGUGAAUCUACAUUCUAAAAUAUGUCUACAUACAUCCGUAUGUGAUAUUCAUUUGAAAUGGCUAGAAAGACAAGUAUUUAGGAACGGAGGGAGUAGUUGUGAUCUGAUUGCCGGACAUGGAUGCACUGUUGCUGCCCAUUUGAUCCGUGAAAUUUUGAACUCAGUGUUAAUCCUUAAGUCUUGUGACUUUUUAUCGGGUGUACUCUGUCUGUGGUAUCAAAAUUUGUGCUGUCGACGACAGCAUGGUAGUGCACCUAUGGCUGAUAUACCCUACACAAGCAGCAUUUGGAAUUGGCGAAUUGUCGAGCAACAAUAACAACAACAAUGAAGGUGACAGAGUGAUUCCUGCAUUCUCUGCGCAUUGAAUGUACAUUGCACAAGUCUAAAAUUCCUACAUCAUCUUGUACUCCUGUCUCUCGUCUUGUACAGCAGGAACACUUAAUCUUCAUUGCUUCUGACGCGAGUGUCCAUGAAUGUACAUAUGCAUUUUUCUUUCGAUAUACACAGGUAUUCUGAA